AUGAAAUCUAAAAGAUUAAAUAGCAAAAAAAAAACAAUAGUUUUUAUUCAUUAAAUGGAUAAUACUAUACCAAAAGAAAUUUUAAAUGCAAAAAAUACACUUAUGGAAGAAAUAAAAAACUUAGAAAGUAGAACUUGUAAUAUAUUAAAAGUGCCUAACUUAAUAUCAGAAGCCCAUUUAGAAGAAAUACCAUGUUAUCUAAGUCCUCUAUAUGGAAAAAACAAUUACCGAGAAGUUUUUGGAGGAGGAGGUUAUUUGCCUGAUGGAGCAUUUGUAUAUACUGGAUCUUAUGUGUUAUCUGAUGCAAAUAUUAGUUAAUUGCAAAGUUUAGAAAACACAAAAAGAUACGUAAGAGGUGGUCCUAGAAAGCAUAAUUAUUUUCAUCCUUCUCAAGUCAAAUCUGCUAUAGUUACAUGUGGAGGCCUAUGUCCUGGUUUAAAUGUAGUAAUUAGAGAGUUAUUUUUAUGUUUAUUUUUUAACUAUGGAGUUAAAGAUAUUUAUGGUAUUUCUUAUGGAUAUAGAGGUUUUUAUCUAUAUGAUUGGAAAAAAUUAGAACUUAAAGAUGUUUAGGAAAUAUAAAGAUUAGGAGGUACUAUCCUAGGGAGUUCUAGAGGAGGUUUUGACGGAGAAAAAAUUAUUGAAAAUUUAAUUAAAAACGAAAUAAAUCAUGUUUAUUGUUUAGGUGGAGAUGGUACACAUAGAGGAAUUUAAGCUUUAUAUAAUUUAAUAAAAUAAAAAUAAUUAAAUAUAGUUAUAUGUGGAAUACCAAAAACUAUAGACAAUGAUAUUCCUGUUAUAGAUAAAUCUUUUGGUUUCGAAACUUCUGUCGAAGAAGCUGUAAAUGCAAUCACUUCAGCAUCUGUAGAGGCACAUUGUGCAGAAUAUGGGGUUGGUUUAGUUAGAUUGAUGGGUAGACAUGCUGGUUUUAUAGCCAUGGAAGCUACUAAUGCUUCAAGAGAUGCUAAUGUAUGUCUAGUACCGGAAUUUAAAUUCUAAAUUUAUGGAGAAGAUGGAGUCUUAGAAUAUAUCUAUAGAAGACUAUUAGUAAAAAAACAUUGCGUAGUCGUAGUUGCAGAAGGAGCAGGAGAAGCUGCUAUUGAUGCACAUUUAUCUCAUAGUAAUGAGAAAGAUGCAUCGGGAAAUAAUAAAUUAGCUGAUAUUGGUAUAUUCCUUUAAAAAGAAAUAGUAGAAUAUGGCAAAUAAAAAGGAAUAGAAAUUACUUUAAAAUACAUUAAUCCUACAUAUAUGAUAAGAACUGUACCUGCAAAUGCUUUAGAUAGAAAAAUGUGUGCAUAACUAAGUUAAAAUGCCGUACAUGGAGCUAUGGCUGGUUUUACAGGAUUUACUGUUGGACAUAUAAAUGGAAGAUUAUCUUAUAUUCCUUUAGAUGAAAUAUGUAAAGAAAACUCUACGAGAAGAAUCAAACCAGAAGACAGGGCUUGGUAGAGACUUUUAGCUUCUACUGGAUAACCUACUUUUUUAUCAAAGGAAAAAUAAUAAGAGAUUUAUGAAAAAUAAUAAUAAGAUAUUUGA